UGUGGCCCAUCCUGCCGCAGGAGGCGGGGCUUGAGAGAGAAAACACACGAUGCUCGUGAGAUACCGUCACGUACACCAGCAGCAACUGACCGAAACCCACGGUGUUUUAUCAAGUGACCUUGCCGGCGGACAGUGCAUCAGGAGGCGUUAUAAACAUCCACCUCACGGAAAAAACUGAAAAUGCCGCUGGGUGAAGAGAAGAACGGAGCCUCAGACAGGUCCAUAUAUGUGAACAAUCCCCAUUUAGACUCCAUGACAGAUGACAUCCUUUACCAUUUUAACCUGGGAACAUCCACUCACGACUUACCAGCCAUGUUUGGAGACGUCAAAUUUGUGUGUGUAGGAGGAAGUCCAUGGAGGAUGAAGUCUUUCAUUGAAUACAUUGCCAGAGAACUGGGGCUAUCAGAGCCUAAUGCUGAAUACCCAAAUAUAUGUGCAGGAACUGAUCGCUAUGCCAUGUACAAAAUUGGACCUGUGCUGUCUGUCAGCCAUGGCAUGGGCAUCCCAUCUAUCUCUAUAAUGUUACAUGAGCUUAUCAAGCUCCUGUAUCAUUCCCGAUGCACUGAUGUCACCGUAGUGCGCAUUGGAACGUCCGGUGGAAUAGGAUUAAAGCCAGGGACUGUGGUGGUUACCAAACAGUCAGUGGAUUCUGUGUUCCAGCCUCGUCUUGAGCAGAUCAUCCUGGGUAAACCAGUGGUCAGGAGCACAGAACUGGAUGGGGAACUUGCAGAGGAGCUGCUUCAGUGUGGCAAAGACCUUGCAGAGUUUGAGACUGUCAUUGGUAACACAAUGUGCACCCUUGACUUCUAUGAAGGUCAAGCUCGGCUGGAUGGGGCCUUCUGCUCAUACAGCGAAGAAGAUAAACAGAGCUAUCUUGCCCAAGCCUAUGCCGCUGGAGUUCGUAACAUUGAAAUGGAGUCAUCGGUGUUUGCGGCCAUGUGCAAACUGAGCAAUCUUCGAGCUGCGGUUGUUUGUGUAGCACUGCUGGACAGACUGAAAGGAGACCAGCUGACCAGCUCUCAUGAUGUGCUGAAUAACUACCAGCAGCGACCUCAGGUCUUGGUUGGACAUUACAUUAAAAAGAAGCUGAAUGCCUCUAAGAAAAGGUAGUUAGUUUGAAAGCUCUUCAAUAAAACUCUGAGAACAGUCCCAGGUGAAGGUAAGAAAAAAAUAUAGUUAAGUUUUGAACAGGACAAUGAUUUUUUGAAUAUACUGUAUGGCAAAGCAGCUCUUAUAAGUUAUGACCAAUAUGACCAAGAUAACAGAAAUACCUUUGAAUUUUUCUACUGUUUAAUACUGCAGUUACUAACAUGCUCAUGCAAACUCAUUCCUUGAAUGUAAUACCUUUUAAUUUCUUUGUUUUAAAUUGGUAAUAAGCACAUUAUGUUCUAGACGAUUUGAUUUGUCUUAAAUACCAGAUAUUUAUUAUUGUUUCAAAGGGCACUGUAUUAAAACUACUACCUGAUGAAGUAGUUGUGUAAAAGGGAAAGAUUUUAUGAAAAUGAGAGAGAACUAAGCGGUUUUAGCACUAGUUACAUUAAAAGGGUUCAUAGAGCAUUUUAAAAACACGGUAAACCUCUGUUUGUUGGUCUAUGUUUCAAACUAUUUGUUUGUAAAGUUGUACUGUAAUGUUCACAAAUGUCUUAAAAUUAAAUUAAGUAUUCCAUAAUAUUUUUCCUUAAGUUUGAAAUGUUUAACAUGGAAAGUAUUAUUUUAUUCCUUUAACUGAAUGUUUUGUUAUACAACACUCUGAAAAAUAAAACACAAAGAUGAAAUAAUUUAAUAAAUGAAAGUUGUAUGAAGUCCAAUUUCUUAAAUAAAUGCAAAAAAAUACUGUGUAAAACGUGUUUACAAUGUGUCAACAUUAGUAUAUCAAAAGUCAAUAUCAAAGUCUAUUAAGAACAUUAGAAUAUUAAAAUAAGCAGAUGUUAUAAAGAAUAUUAAAGGAAUAAUUCAACCAAAAAAUGGGGAAAUUCGAUGAAAAUUUACUCAACCUCAUGCCAUCCAAAAUGGAGAUGAGUUUGUUUCUUCAUCUGAACAUUUAGAGAAAUUUAACGUUACAUCAUUUGCUCUCCAAUGGAUCCUCUAGUCUAAAGUGAAUGGGUUUUGUUAGAAUGAGAGUCCAAACAAACAUCAAAAAUAAAAACAUCACAAUAAUCCACAAGUAAUGCAAGUUAUCCACAAGUGUAAUAAACAAAUCUACUAUUAAGACGUUUUUAACCUCAAACUGUUGCUUUCGGCUAAAAUAUGAUUCCUCUAUCCAUAGUAUUGCUUUCUCCAGAAAAAAAGUCGUCUCGUCUGAAUCAGGAGAGAAAUAUGCACAGAAUCAAGCACUGUUUACAAGCAGUGAAGAAAAAAAAAACGGUUCUAAACAAAUAUUUCUGUGGAUUUUGACGUAAGAGGACAACAGUGCAGGUACUUUUUCCACUGGAGGAAAAGUUAUGAAUUAUGAACUGGUAUUUUGGCCAGAUACUACAAUUUAAAGUUAAACGGCUUAAUGAUUUGUUUCUUACAAACACAAAGCUUUUCACUUCACAAGACGUUUAGUGAUGGACUGGAGUCGUGUGGAUUACUUGUGGUUUGGUUUAUUGUGAUGUUUUUAUAAGCUGUUUGGACUCUCAAUCUGAUGGCACCCAUUCACUGCAGAGGGUCCAUUAGUGGUGCAAUGCUAGAUUUCUCCAAAUCUAUUCACAUUAAGAAACAAACUCAUCUUGAAGGUGAGUAUAUUUUCAUUUUCUUUAAUAGAAACUUCUGGCUGAGUCUCAGAGCUUACUGAGUUGCCUCGAAAGCAUUUAUUUUAGUAUUCAUGUGACAAAUUUUGCUGCUCACUUUUUUGGUUUUUAAAUUGAAUGGUGGUUUUGAUAUUCAUGAUUGUAUUGAACAAUUUUCGUCAAAUCAUACAAUGUCAUAAUUUUAAUAUAUUUCCUGCUGCUGCAUGAUUUCCCAAUUACAAAAAUGUAACAUUCCUU